AUGUCUAGUGACAAUGGUUUUAACAAUGACGACUCUCCGAACAAAACCUUAACUCAUCUCCAGUUACCAAGCCCUAUAAUAACACGAAGAAAUCGAACUGCUUCAACCUCUGAGAGGGCUCUACAAAAUCCUAUCGAAUAUGGCAAAAUAAAAAAAUUCUGUCGGGAAAAAGGACAUGGCUUCAUAAAUCCAGGAAGGGGUGGAGAAGAUAUAUUUGUACAUAUUUCAGACAUUGAAGGUGAAUAUGUGCCAUUACCAGGGGACGAAGUAACCUAUAGACUGUGCCCUAUUCCACCCAAGUUUGAGAAGUACCAAGCUGUCCAUGUCAAAAUUAUACAACUUGUUCAUGAGAGGCACUUAAAAUGGAAUGAAGCACGAAAC